AUGCACGCCGACGCGAACGCCGCGAGCGACCGGCUGACCGCGGACGUCAUCGCGGACGCCGAUCGACGGUAUAACCCGCUCGGCGAGCACGAAAUCGACCUGCGGGGGCGGAGGAUUGGGCGACUGGAAAACUUGGCGACGGCGCGGGAUCAGUACGACGCGUACGAUUUCACGGGGAACGACGUCGUGAGGCUGGAGAAUUUGCCGUCGAUGCCGCGGUGUAAGACGCUGAUGUUCGGGAAUAAUCGAAUCGCGAGGGUGAACGGGGAGGAACUGGCGAGGGCGACGCCGGCGCUGACGACGCUGACGCUGACGAAUAACGCGCUGCGGAACUUGGGAGAUUGCGAUGGGUUGGGUUCGCUGAAGAAGUUGAAGAUGCUGACGUUGUGUGGGAAUCCGGUGUGCGCGAAGGAGAACUAUCGGUUGUACGUGAUUUACAAGUGCAAGGCGUUGAAGACGCUGGAUUUUCAAAAGGUGCGCGCGAGCGAACGCGAGGAGGCGGAGAAGACGUUCGGGGCGGAUGAUGGCGCGGCGCAGCGGGCGAAGACGUUUACCCCGGGCGAUGGGUUGGAGGAGACAAAGGAUGAGACGAAGAAGGACGCUAAACCGAGCGGGCCGACGCCGGAACAACUCACGGCGCUCAAGGUGGCGAUUGCCAACGCGGAGACCCUCGAAGAAGUGAGUCGGUUGGAGAACGCUCUCAAGAGCGGCGUGGUGCCUUCCGACCUUAGGAUUUAG